AUGCCUCCUCUGUGGAUGCGCGAGGCUGUGCUUUUCUUGCUGAUCCUAACGGGCAUGGCCUGCGCAAUUUACCUGCUGGUGUGCCCGGCGCCUCUCACGCGAAUCCCUCAUUGUCAACUAUCACGGUCGGUGGAUUUCAAUGGGAAGGCACUAAUGAAGGCUCUCUUAGUCACACCACAGUACAAACCGGGGCUUUUCCCAAAUAUCACAAAUGCGCUUUUGUCGACGCGCGUUUACGCACCUUCCCCGAACCCCAAGGACAUUUUUCGGGCCAAAUUUUUUGAUCCCAGGAUGACCGUUGCACAGCGUGGUUUGCUGACAAAGUACCUCAAUCUCGUCGCGGACAUAAUGCGGACAAACAACUUGGAAGACAAGUGGUUUCUUAGCGGAGGCACAUUACUGGGGUCCCUAAGGCAUCAUGACUUGAUCCCAUGGGACGACGAUGCCGACGUUCUUGUGGAUAUUAAAUAUCGAGGUCUCAUUCAGCGUGCAAUUGAGAGUCGUCGAAGUGAGGGAUUUCACGUUCACAAGUCAGGUUACAGGGACAAAGUCUACAUAUCAAUUCUCCCCUCUACUAUGAAUGAUGUGGACGUGGAGGGUACAAGGCAGAUCCCAGGUAGGGAUUAUGGGUGGCCUUUUCUUGACAUCUGCUACUACAAAAUCGAAGGCGGAAUUCUUCACGAAUUGGAGAGUUAUAACCUCCAGCACUACUCCUACCUGGUAGAAGAUGUGUUUCCAUUGAUUUACCGACCGUUCGGCGAGAUGUGGGUGCCCACUCCAAAGAGAGCUGUCAAGGUCCUCGUGGAAAUGUACCCCAGAAGCGUCGACUGCAUAUAUAAUGGUUUCUCCCACUUGGCAGAAUGGAGACAACGAAGAGCCAUUGCAGCCUGUGAUCAACUGGCGAUUAAGUACGCUUUCGUUCGACGUUGUCCAAUCAAAGACACUAAGGUAGACGAGGAAUACAACUUUGUACCCAUUGUCGAACAGUUGGUUAGUCGUUCAAUCGAUGGAAGCUAUAAGAUUAUCUAUGAAAUCCCUACGAUUGUGCACUCAACAGAGGUGCAUUCCCAUUUUGACCCCUUAAUUUUGGACUGGACAGUGUAA